AUGAAAGUGCAAUGUCCAAAACAUAAAGGAUCAGAAUUCCUUUAUAUUUUAUAAAAAGAGAAAGAAAUUGAAUUUAUUUGUGAUCAAUGCCAUUCAAAUUUAAUAGAUAAGAAUAUAUUGAAUGAAAAUUAAAAUUUAAUAAAUAUCAAGAGGGUAGAUUGUUUACAUAUUUUAUAAGGCUUUUUUAUAUCCAGAAUAUUUGUUUUCUAAAUUUACAGAUUCUUAAAAACUACAACAAUUCUUUUAAUAAUUAAUUGAAUAUGAUGAACACAAUUUAGACUAUAAAUUAAUGUCAAUAGAAAACUUAAUAAAGGAAAUGCAAAACUAGUUAAGUCUUAUGCAGUAAGAGUUGUUCGUUUAUAAAAAGAAAUUUAUCGAACUUAGAUAAUAAAUAAGAGAAAGUCUAGAAGAAGUAUUAUUUAAAUAUUAAUUAGAUAAUCAAAUUUGAUCAAUUCAAAUAAUAGAUUGGAAACUUAAAUUAAUUAUAACAAUCUAUUAAUCCUUUAGACAUAUAGCAAUGUGAAAGAAAUGUUUACAUUUACUUUUAGAAUUAAUUUAAAAGCAAAUAAAUAAUUGUUAACAAUUAAGUUUUUACACUUCUGGAAUAUAAAAAUGAGUAUAUGAAAGAAUCGACCUUGAUGUAUCCAGAACUAAAGACACUAGACAAACAAUAUUAAUAAUUAAUGUAUAUGCAUACUUCUUUUGAUAAGAUCAUAAACCCUCAAUUCCCUGGAAUUAUCUAAAAUACUAAACUGAUUACGCGAGAAUUCCAAGCUAAGCUAAUUGAUACUAUUAAGGAGAAAUCAAAAAAAUACAUAGCUAAGAUAGAAUUAAUCCAUAAAGAAUCCAAGACUAAUCUAAAUGUUGAAUAGUUUUGGAAUAUAGUUGAUGGAAAAUCUAACUUAAUGAUAGUUUUCUAAUCUUAAAGUGAGUCUGUUUUUGGAGCCUACACUCCAUGUAAAUGGGUCAAAAGUAAAAAAGGAGAAUAUAUUAAAGAUGAAACACUAUCAUCAUUUAUAUUUUCAUAAACAAACCAUUAAAUCUAUCCAAUUAAAUAAGAAGGCAGUGGUUGUGCUAUUUAUUGUUCUACCUCAUAUGGACCUAUAUUUGGAGGAACAUCCUUAUUUCAUGGAUCUAUACGAAAUUAUUUUUCAUAAUAAAGUGAUUUAAUGAUUUUAGGUGAUUUUUAAAAUGGAAGUUCAUCAAUUGGUAUCUCUUAUGAAUAUCAAGAUUCAACAUAGAUAAAUUCUCAGACAAUGUUAUUUGGUUAAAUUGAACCAAAAAUUUUAAUGUAUGAAAUAUUUUAAUUGUCAUUUAUUUGA